ACGUUCACAUCACACCUAAAUCUUCUUCUCUCUCCUCCGGGGUUAAACCUCUGCGUACCCAUAGCCGACUACUCAAACUGUGCUCCGCGAUUCCGAACAGGUCAAGUUCUGGUCACCAUUAGAAUAAGUGUCAGAGUUCUGAACAGGCAUGUGGUACAAAUACCGGAUUAGGUUCCCUCUUUCUAGUUAUCUUCAUCCUGUAAGUUAGUGUAUAUACUACUCUGCAAACCAUGAAGUUCGUUGCAACUCUCAGAUUCAUUUGGGUACGCCCCACUCUUCGUGGAAUUACUGGCCCUUUGCAGUCGCGAUCAUUCCAACCCGACUUUGUUCCCAAAGAUCCUGAGGCAAAGCUUAAAAGAUACAAGUACCCGCCAUUCUAUUAUCCAUAUGGCCUGAGAUCCCCACCUUCUGAUAGGAUCAUUCAGCUUGCAGAACAAAUUGCAGCCCUGCCCACUGAAGAACGAAUUCAAAUCGGUCCCACUCUCAGAGAGAGAUUACGACACCCCAAGAUGCAACCAAUAUCAGUAGAGGGCAUGGAUUUGGGUAACCAGGGAGGGGCAGGUAUGGGAUCUACAAAGAUGGAGGAGAAAAAGGCAGAGAAAACAGCGUUUGAUGUGAAGUUAGAGAAAUUUGAUGCAGCUGCAAAGAUCAAGGUUAUCAAAGAGGUGAGGGCUUUCACAAGUCUAGGAUUGAAAGAAGCGAAAGACUUGGUUGAGAAUGUACCCGUUUUAAUUAAACAAGGGGUUACCAACGACGAGGCAAAUAACAUAAUAGAGAAGAUUAAGGCUGCUGGAGGCGCUGCAGUGAUGGAGUGAUGUUCUUGAAUUUUCUCCAGAUAUCUCACGUCCGAAACUUUUGUUGUAAAGCCAUGUUAGGAGUUCUUGCCAGAUUUUGGAGAGAACAAUUUGUUUUAAACUACUUUUUUGCAUGUUGUGAACUAUGCUUCUUAAAUUAGAUUGUUGUAACCCAUUGUGGUGUUCCCAG